AUGGAGGGAGUCACGCAAUACAUUCCCAAAGAGUCAACGGCAGAUACACUCCAAAAGAUCAAGACUCUGGUAGCAUCCGGUUCGACACUGCUGAUUACCUACGUGGAUCAAAAUGUCUUUGACGAUCCCUCCAGAGUGGCCGACAAUACCAAAGCUUGUUCAAUGAUUUUGAAACAGUCGGCCCGUGUGGGCGAACCCUGGAUCACGGGAUGGACACAAGAAGGAUUUGCUGACUUUUUAAAAGAGUGUGGCUACCAAGUCGUCUCGGAUACCACGUGCAAGGACUACAAUGACAAAUAUCUGGCUCCUUUGGGACGGAAACUGGACGAAAAGGAUAUCAUUAAUCUGGAACGUCUUGUAGUGGCCAAGCUGCUGUAG